GCAGCAAAAUGAAACGUCAAACUGGCGAAAGCGGAAGAAGUAGAGCAAAACGGAAAGUGCAAAAAUCAACACAAGUUUUGUGAGUCCGGAGGAAAUUUUUCGCGAAAAAACUCUCAAAAUCUAUCGUAACUUUAUUGAUUUUCGAUUGGAAACAUGGAGUGAAAAGGCUUUCUUCGAGCGACAAUUCCCUGGUGAAAAGUGUAAAUAUUCCGUGCAUCGUUCCGGUUCCUGCACCGCAGAGAACAAGUCGGCAUUCGGUUGUGGCUGUGCUGGUGAUUCAGUAGUGGAUCAUGAUCUUCCGCGUUGUGGAUGCGGCCAAAAUCAUCGGAACGCGGCAGAAUCUCGUACCGUAUCUGACGCUAUGCCAUCAGGUGAAUCACCGGAUCGGGAUCCUGGCCCUGCGGAAGCUUUCGGUUCUAAGUAAUUCUAGGAUUUCGAACAAAUUUGUUUUUAAUGUAAGGAAAGCGGACAAGAAGCAACCCAGUAUUCCGAGGUUAUCGUACGGUACCCAAUCGACAACGCCUCCCAAGGAGGACAAAAAAGAUGCAGCGGGCGCAGGGAAGGAGUCCCAGGAGAAGACCCUGGAGAUAAAUACCAAAAGUGGGAAGUUGCUGGUGACGACCACGACGACGGCAGAUGCCAAGCUCCAGGAGGUGAUCAUCGAAAAGCCAAUAAAUCUCAUGAAAAACGCCGCCGAUGCAACUGCCGCCAAAGAAGCCCUCCAGCAUUCGACCGCGGUUCCGGGAGAAGAUGACCCAAAACGGAAGCUGGAAGCCGCCGAGCAGAAAGAAAAGCUCGCGGAAAAGAAUCGACAGCUAGCGAAGAAGCGGAUCCAGGUGGACUUCUCCCGGUCAUCUCUGGAGCGGAAUUUCAUCACUCCGGUUCGAGCCAUGUCCGACUUUCUACUGAAGCCGUCCGACCUAGAAGGGCUGCCCAAAACCAAACGAAGAUCCCCGUAUGAACAGGAACCACCCAUCACGGUGUACUGGCGGAAGGAUGUGGAGGCCAAGGCCAUUGAGGUGUGGGGUUCCCGGGAAAAUCUUCUGAAGGAAUGCUUAAAGCGAGAAAUCGAAAAGAAGCGACAUCAGCAGAACAUUUUCACAGUGAAGCGAAGGUUGCGUGACUACCGGCGGGAGAUUGGAAGUCGCACCAAUGUGGUGGAUUCGGAGCCCGGGUUGUUCGGUAAAUCCGGAAAGGUGGUGCUGACAGCCAUUGCCAUUAAUGCUACCAAUUGUCUGUUCAAGUUCGGUGCCUGGCUCUACACCGGUUCGCACAGUAUGUUUGCGGAAACGAUCCACUCGCUGGCGGACACCAUCAACCAGCUCAUUCUGGCCUAUGGCAUCCACAAGAGUACGCAGAGUGCCGAUUCGGACCACCCGUAUGGUUAUGCCAAUAUGAAGUACGUUUCGUCAUUGAUUUCCGGUGUGGGAAUUUUCUGUGUCGGAACGGGUUUGUCCUUCUACCAUGGGAUCAUGGGUCUGGUGGAUCCCCAUCCGCUGGAUGAUUUGUACUGGGCGUUCUUCAUUCUCGGUGGCUCGCUAGUUUCCGAAGGUGCAACGCUGGUGGUGGCUAUCAAUAGUUGCCGGAGUGGUGCCAAGGCGCUGGGGAUGACUUUCAAAGAUUAUGUCGUACGCGGACAGGACCCCUGCGUGAACGUGGUCCUCACGGAGGAUGCCGCGGCAGUGCUCAGUGUGGCUUUGGCUGCCACCUGUAUGGGCUUGUCCUCAUACUCCGGUUCGCCCAUUCCGGAUGCCGUGGGUUCGCUACUAGUCGGUUGCAUGCUCGGCGGAGUAGCUUCCUUCAUUAUCUAUACCAAUGUGGCCGCUCUGGUGGGACGAUCCAUUCGGCAGGAGAAUCUCGACCGGAUAAACGCCGAACUGGAGAGCGACAUCAUGAUCCGGGCGAUCCACGACGUCAAGGGUAUCGACAUGGGCAACUCGUUGGUUAGGUAUAAGGCUGAAAUGGACUUCGAUGGUCGAGAGCUAACACGUGUGUAUCUAGACAAGCAGGAUCUGAACAUCUUGCUGGAGGAAGUCAAAACGUUCCAAACCAUUGACGAGCUGGAAGCGUUCCUUCUGAAACAUGGCGAGAACAUUGUGGAUUUGAUGGGAGGCGAAAUCGAUAGGAUUGAAAUGAAACUAAGGAAAAAGUUCCCCGAAAUACGGCACUGUGAUCUGGAGAUCUUGUAAGUCUGUUACGCUUCCUUUUUGUUACCGGCUCCUGUCCCUGUCUUGUAUCGGUUUAAAGUGAGUAUUUCAAGCAAGCAACUCGAACGAACGAAAGAUUGGCAAGUCUGAGUUUAUUUUACCUCGAUAGAUAUAUUUUUACGUAUUAAAGGAGAAGCUAUGAAAUAAAACAGUAAUUCCAAAUUCGAAUCAAAAUGUAAUGUAAAUCAGCACUCAUUAGCCUAGAGGUGAUAACACUGUGGCACCGACACAAGUGUAGAAGAAUAAUAAAUUAUUGUGCUUACUAGUACUUAACUGACAACUCACAAAAACACUCCGACGGAGCUUAACCGAUGCCGAUCCAUGUAAAAGGUUCCAAGUUGGGCAAAUUGUGAUGAAGACAAUGAUGUAGACAGUGUGCAGCACCACGGCGGACCGAUUUCCGUUACUGAAUGUUCAAACUUGUUCCCUA